CAAUCAGCAUCGAGGGUCCUUCUCAUCAUCUGGUCAGUGUUUGUACUGUAGGUGAGCUCUUGUUAUCCUUAUUAGACUAAGACAACUUUCUGCUCAGUAGCCUGGGAAAGCGUUGGCAGAGAGGACCAGGCUGCGGAAGCGAGAUGGAAAGCGGGGGUGAAAGUUUGCUCAGGUCCCGCAAUUAUUCCUCCAUCAAUAAUCUGGAUGGAGGAUCUAAUCCUGGAAGACAUCCGCAAGGGAAUGGCGAUAACCACAUCACCAGCAAUGGGAAAAUCGAAGUGGAACAUGUGAUCAGCAAAAAGCUGCAACUCAAAAGGAAAGCAGAGGUCCUGAAGGAUGACCUGCUGCGUCAGUUUGAAAGCCAGGUCCAUGAUUUUAUGGACAGUCUUAUUGAAGAAUCAGCCAGCCUCGAGUCCACACCUCUACCUGCUGCCUUUUCACCUCCGCUGUCGGACAAGGAGAGGAGCAAACUGGGGCACUUUCAGCCUCCCCAUGGCCAGGGGAAGCACUUUAUUAGUCGGAGAUCCCUGCUAGACGAGCUGUUUGAGGUGAACCAUAUUAGGACCAUCUACCACAUGUUUAUUGCCCUGCUCAUUCUCUUUAUUCUCAGCACGCUCGUGGUAGAUUUCCUUGAUGAAGGCAGACUGGUCUUGGAUUUUGACCUGCUGGUCUAUGCAUUCGGACAGUUCCCGCUAGUGGUAUGCACGUGGCUUUGCAUGUUCCUGUCCGUAUUGCUGGUUCCCUACACCUUAUUCCAUCUGUGGUCACAAAGCCAGUCGGGUUCUCAUGGCCGGCAGAGGCUGUUUUCCUGGCUGUUCGGUUCGGCAUUCCUGCUCUACCAAGGCCUGGGUUUGGGAUUCCUACCGACAUAUGUGGUGGUGACCAACAGUUUGCCGCCUGCUUCCUGCUUCAUCGUCACCUUAGAACAGGUUCGUCUAAUAAUGAAAGCACACUCCUUCGUCAGAGAGAAUGCCCCAAGAGUCCUGGCUUGGACAAAAGACAAGACGGGCCGUGGUCCUGUGAUUCCUCAAGUUUCUCUGUAUCUCUACUUCCUGUUUGCCCCCACUCUUAUUUACAGAGACAAGUACCCCAGAAACCCAGCAACCAGAUGGGGCUAUGUGGCCACAAAGUUACUUCAGGUACUUGGCUGCCUCUUCUAUACCUAUUACGUGUUUGUGCGGCUAUGCAUCCCACAGUUUCGCAGCAUCAGUCUACAGCUGUUCAAUCUGCGCGCCAUGGUCCUUUGUGUCUUUAACUCUAUACUGCCAGGAGUUUUGGUUCUCCUGUUGGGUUUUUUUGCUUUUCUCCACUGCUGGCUGAACGCUUUUGCAGAGAUGCUUUGCUUUGCAGACAGGAUGUUUUACAAGGACUGGUGGAACUCAACAUCUUAUGCUAAUUACUACCGCACUUGGAACGUAGUGGUCCAUGACUGGCUGUAUUACUAUGUGUACAGGGACUUCCUGUUGAUAUCUCAGAAGCGUUUCCGACCAGCCGCCAUGUUUUUUGUGUUUACAGUGUCUGCAGUGGUCCAUGAGUACAUUCUUGCAGUUAGCUUUGGAUUCUUCUAUCCGGUGCUCUUCUGCCUCUUCAUGUUCUUCGGAAUGAUGUUCAACUUUAUUUUCCACGAUCGAAGGAAAGGCCCCAUUUGGAACAUAUUAAUGUGGGCAUCCCUGUUUCUGGGUCAGGGGGUCAUAAUAUGUCUGUACUCCCAAGAGUGGUAUGCCAGACGGUACUGUCCACUCAAAGAGGCAUCCCCACAGGAUAAUGCUGCCACCACCAUUUUCCACCCUGGGAAUGUCUUCGUUCCUGGAUUUGCUGAAGCCUCGGUCCUGGAGCUGUCAGAGAGUUCUGAUGACUGAGUCCGAUAGGAUAAAAUGGGACUACUGAGAGGAUCCAAAUCACCAAUCAACUUGGACUCCACCAACUUAUCUUUCUCUGUCAUUCUUUAUUUAUUACAUUAAGAUUUAUGAGUCUUGUGGUCCACAAAUGCAUGGAAGAGUAUCUGCCGAGAUGACAAAAUUACAACAUCAGAGGUGCCUUAUUUGAGUUUUCAGCUGCUGCUGCUUUUCAGCAGAUGUUCACAUAAUUAUAUAAAAAAAAGAAAACUUGGAUUUUCUUUUCUCAUGUGUCCCCGUUUGGUCCACUGUGAAACUACUCCUUGUGCAAAGAUAACACGGCAGCAUAAUACAAACAUUACAUAAUGCACACAUUACCCACGUGCUGUAAUAGUUAAUAUUCAACAAGGUGGAAGGUUGGGACUUGACUGUUUAAAAAAAAAAAAACUUAUACUGCUAGAAACUGACUUAUUUUCACUACCAUCCUGAUUUUUUUUUAUGUGUGUAAUAUUUUAUAUAAAUAUGAAAAAGUAUAUAUUUAGGGCUUGCAGGGUACUCAAACAUUUUAUGUAAUUAUUCAGAUAUUAAGCAGACCAGUGAAGCAUACCUGAACUCUUCUGUUCAUCUGCUAAGCUACAACUUUAGAUGCUUUGGUCUCUUAAAUGAUAAAUAAUUUGUAAAACUUAAAGUAAAAACUAGGUUUACAAAGUAUUUCUUAAAAAUGAAGGUUGUUGCAAUUCCUGGUAUUUUACUGAAAAUACCUUUUGAUUAAGUAUUUGGAAGAUAGAGGUUAUAUAGAAUUAUGGAAAAUGUUGGGUAUUUUAAUAUACUUCGGUUAUAAUGAAUAUUCAAACCUAUAUAUGGUGAUUUCUGACCUAAUUGUGAAACAGUUACAGAAUGUAACUGCUGUCAAAAUUGCAGCUGGCUGCUUAAAUGUCUGAACCAUCAUGCAGUAUUGCAACCUAGAAAGUAACAGCAGGUGCAGUUUGCAUUUUCAGAUGACCUUGGAAUUAUUUUGUACUCUAAAUCAUGCAAGAAUGGAUUUUAUAAGAAAUCAUGUCAUUGACUAUGCCUUUAGUGUUGAAGUAAUGUUUUAAGGGUAGUUGAUACACCUGUUGAUUGCAUGUUUGGAUGCAUGUGAAACUUGAGUUGCACAACUCAGAAGAAACCAGCAAUGCAGGACUUGAAACUUUCACAAAGAAAACUGGAUCACCACAAGGUGGCGGUCUAGGAAAGGUUAUAAACUUAUCUUUGUCUGCUCCUCUGAUCAAGAACAGAUUCCCUGGAUUCCUUUAAACCAAUAUGUGAUAAAAUAAUUACCAACAAAUUAAUUUUAUACUGUGUACAGAUUCAAAUAUUUCAAGUUUCUGCUCUAAUUUGAUUGGAGUUUGUAAUGCCAAUGUUUAUGUAUAAAGGGCUGCAAAGCAGCGAAGGGAUUUACGAUAUAAAUAUUUUUGAAAGUAGAGAUUUGGCUACAUGUUGUCACUUUUGUCUUUAAUUUGAUUAUUAUCAAUAGAUCGCGAUGUUUUUGAAUCCUAACAUUGCAGACAUGCUUGAUACAUUCCCAACACAAAAUCUAAAAUCUGUAAAGUUCCUAAUUCCCUUAUGUUAGUUUUCUUUGAACUCCAUUUGCUGUGUUGAUUUAUGUAAAAGAUGUUUGCUGGCAAAAAAAAUUCUGUGCAUAACUUUG